UCAAAGGGACUAUGAUGGACUCUCACUUCAGAGGCACCUUGUGGAAGAUACUUGUCAUUUUCACACUGCCACACUUCAGCUGCUGUAUGCCCUGCCCCAGCAGUUGCCUUUGUAAUUUUAAAGGUUCUGUCAAGUGUGUUGGCUACACCGUCACAGAUAUACCAAAGCAGCUGCCUGUCCACACAUACCUGCUGCAGCUUAAUGACACAAAUAUGAACGUCAUAAAUGAGCAGAGCUUGGCAAACAUGGACCUCCUGUUGCGUUUUAGUCUGACACACAGCCAUUUGCACACUAUCCAUCCCAGAGCCUUCCAUGUUGCUCCACAGCUUAAGUCUGUCAAGCUGUCGUCCAAUAAUCUCUCUACCCUCCCUGCUCGGGUUUUCAGUCCACUGACCACUCUAGAGCAGCUGCAUUUAGAUGGGAACCAUUUGGAGACCAUUGCUCCGGAUAUGUUUGAAGGACUUGUCAGGUUGCUGGAUCUGGACCUGAGCUGGAACAAACUCAGUAGUCCUCCUUCAAAUGUUUUUAAUGGACUGACUCAACUUCAAUUUCUGAACCUUGGCCGGAACUCCAUAAAGAAACUUCCACCAACUAUCUUUCACGCCUUGACUAAUCUUCGCAAGCUUAUGAUCUAUAACAAUGAGCUAGAAGUGCUUGAAGCUGGAAUUUUUGAUGAACUUGUCAACCUUGUGGAGCUAAAGAUCUAUCAUAACCAGAUCACCAGCCUUCCACUUCAGGUGUUCUGGUCACUGAGGAACCUAACGAUCCUGAACCUUUCCUCUAACCGGCUUCAAGCUAUCCCGGAAAAGACCUUCUACAAUAUGCCAAAGCUGAGCAAGCUUACCAUUUUCAACAACCCGCUAUUGUCUCUACCAAACCAGCUGAUGGGUCACAUGCCUGACAUGACAGAAAUUUAUCUGUAUGCCACUAACCUCACCACUGUUCCUGGAAAUUUGUUUGCUAACAUGUCUGGGCUCCUGAGACUUAAUCUUCAUUUUAAUGACAAGCUAAGGGAGUUGCCGUCGAACCUCUUCUGCUGCAAUCCCAAGCUUGAGAAGCUCUCAUUGAAAUCCAACGACCUCUAUUAUCUACAUCCUCAACUGUUUUCCGGACUAACCACACUUGGCAUGCUGCUUCUUAAUGACAAUAAGCUGCAGAGCCUACCGGAAAACAUCUUCUUGUCAAAUACAGCUUUGAAGGCUAUUACUCUAAGUGGCAAUCCCUGGGACUGUACUUGUGGAAUCAGAGGUAUUGCAAAAUGGAUAAGACAUAAUGAACAUGUGGUUGUUGACAGACAUGAUGUGAUAUGUCACGGUCCAGUGUACCAACUGCACCGUACCAUUGAUUCCCUGCGUGAUGAGGAGUUCAACUUUUGCGAUGCUGGGAUAGUUAGAUCAAGAUAUUUUUCUAUAAAUGAGCCAACGACACCAUUCCAAACUGUUACAACCAACGGACAAAAAUCAGUUGUAGCUUCAGUCACCACACAGCAUACAACAACGCCAACCCCCACUCAGGGAGCUACCCAACAAGUCGCCAUCCCAACAACCACACUGCUCACAACAUCAACCCCAACUCAAGGAGCUACCCAACAAGUCACAACACCAACAACCACUCCAACUACAAUACCAUCUACCCUACACACCAUCCUACCAACAGAGUUCCAAACUCCCUCCACCACCACCCUGCCUAACAAGAAGUUUUAUCUCACCAAUGAGAUUGCCUUGUCUGAUUACAUGUCCCGUCCUUUCUAUGACACAUUGGUGGUUGAACAGGGGCCAGAGUUUGUUCACCACAGAUUUCACAAGGGCUGGGUGUACGUGUGGUUUCUGCCCUCAGAUGAGGCCUUGACUGGGCUCCUCAUGUUUAGUCACAUCCUUCUUGUGGCUGCAGGCUUGUUCCUCAUUCUUGGGGCCAUGUUUUGCAUGUGUCGCCUCAACAAGACUAUGGAUGAGCUGAAGGCUGAGGGUAGACAUCCUCCAGGGUGACAAAACAUGUUAUCAGGCAUGGUGCACAAGUGAUCAAGAUAACGGUCCUUUUCCAGGGGCUGCACUUGAAAAGAUCACUAUUAGGUGUAGGUUUUUUGUUAAGGCAGUCAGACUUGGAAUAUGGAAUUUAAAAUAGUGUGACAAAAUUUAUGAUGAAGAUACUUUAAGAUAGCAAAGAAUCACGAUACUAAUAUUUUUUUUAAUAUUAUAUAGUACAGUACAAUAUCAGACAGCAUGCAAGCUUCAAAAACAGCUUUGCUAUUGUAAAUUUUUCUUUUUUAUUUGUUCAAGAGAAUUAUUUAGGAAUUAUAUUGAGAAUUUAUCAAUUAGUUUCUCUAUCAGUUUAUCAGAUGUAAAGAUCAUGAUAUUAAAUCAAAUAGCUGUGGGGUUUGGACUGUUAGUCGGUCAAACCAGUUAAUUAGAAGAUGCCACUUUGGGCUUUUGGAGGUUGUCAUGAGCAUUUUUCACUUCUUUUUCAUAGACCAAACAUUUAAUCUUUAAAAUAAACAUAAGAAAUAAAAACUUUCUUUCAUGCAUCCUUUCUUUGCUAUCUCCUUAGGAUUGCAUGCUAAGUGUGAUACACACUAAUGUCUAACAGUAUUUUUAAUUUUUCAGAUUUUGUUUUUCUGUUUUCCUAUGUACAGUGAAAUGUUAAUCUUCAGUGAUCACUAGUCAGUUGUUUUCCUCUAGUGGUUGAAAACUUCAAACUUCAUGAAGAAGGUGCAAAUGACCUUAUUUCUUUCUUUUUUUUACAUCAAAUUUAUUAUAUACUGUACAUGUAUAGUAUAUUAUAUUUAAUAUUAUAUAAUACAGUACAGAAAUCAUAAUACAGUAUGUAAGCUUCAAAAACAGCUAUGCUAAUGUAAGUUUAUAUAUACUAUAAUGGAAUCAGUCAAAUUAAAAGUAAUUAAAGACUAAAGAUUGAAUACUUCAUUGCUAUACAACUCGCUGCAAAUUGCUAGGUAUUUACUUCAGUGUGCCCAUGGCAGGGCAUCAACAAAAACACAUUAAAAACAUAGCACGUAUAUAUACACAUAUACGCUAUCCCACACUUGACACAGGCAGACAAAAAAAGAGGGCACACUACUCACUAUAUAUCUGGAUGACAGUCCAGGAGGCCAGAGUGACACAUGUCAGAUUGAAGUGACAUGGUGCAUAGGGAUGCAGAGUGCAAAUCCACAAACUUUACAAUAAAUAGAUCAAAUAAAGCUAGUAUGAGUGGCAUACGAAGAUAU